AUAGAAAGGAAGCGAAAACGCCCCCACCUUUUGAUGGUUUUAUCGAAAAGUAAGUUGCUGUUAGUAACGAGGAGUUGCUUGUUUUCAAAUCCAUCGGACUAUAAUGAUUGACAGGCACUUUGUGCUGGACUGACAACUGCUGUGUGCAGGUUCAGCCCAUUGGAACCGUUUAAUACAGAAGAGGAAAGGGAAUUCAUCCAAAGAGCUUUAUACAUUUUAAGGGAAUUUUACUCCAACAAUCUUGCAAGAUGGCCAGUGGGAAAGUCUUGGAGGAGACUUAUCUGAAGUGGGUCCAGUACAAAGAAGAUUGUUUCAAAAUGAUACUAAAUGAGCCGCUCCCUCAAAUGGGCUUGUUCUGUAACCGGACAUUUGACAGAUACGCCUGCUGGCCAGAUGCUUCUGCUGGCUCUAUGGUCAACAUCUCAUGCCCUUUAUACCUGCCCUGGUAUGACAAAGUGUCCCAUGGUGUUGUACGUCGGAUUUGUGGCUCUGACGGCCUCUGGGAGAGAGAUGACUAUGGACAGGUGUGGAGAGACAUGAGCCAGUGUGAGGAGGAAAAAGAGGUCGCUUCUCAGGAACUGUGGUUCAAACAACUGAUGGUGAGCUUCAGGAUGUUGUACACUGUAGGCUAUUCCCUGUCCCUCUUCACCCUCUUAACGGCUCUUGUUAUUCUCCUGAGCUUCAGGAGACUACACUGCACCAGGAAUUACAUUCAUGCUAACCUCUUCCUGUCCCUCAUCCUGCGAGCUGUAUCUGUCAUUAUUAAGGACACCAUGCUGGAUCGCCACUGGGGCCGAGAAAUCCUGAAACAGACCGAUGUGAUUGAGAUUCUCAGUCACCAGGCUGCUAUUGGCUGCCGGGUAGCACAGGUAAUGAUGCAGUACUGUGUCCUGGCCAACCACUAUUGGUUCUUUGGAGAGGCAAUUUAUUUGUACUCUGUGCUUAUUGCCUCAGUGUUCAUCGACAACAACAAAUAUUUACCUUACAUCUGUCUUGGCUGGGGAACUCCAGUUCUAUUUGUGGUUCCCUGGGUGGUGAUGAAGCAAUUAAAAGAAAACAAAGAGUGUUGGGCUGUCAAUGAGAACAUGAACUAUUGGUGGAUCAUUCGUUUCCCAAUUCUUUUUGCUUCACUAAUUAACUUUCUGAUUUUCAUGAAGAUCCUGAAAGUCAUUUUUUCAAAAUUACGGGCCAACAACCAGAGUGGAUACCCUGAUUACAAACUUCGGCUUGCCAAGGCAACCCUGACCCUCAUCCCUUUGUUUGGGGUUCAUGAGAUCAUUUUUAUCUUUGCGACAGAUGAGCAGACAACAGGUGUUCUGCGCUACAUAAAAGUCUUCUUCACCCUUUUUCUCAAUUCAUUUCAGGGCUUUCUGGUGGCUGUGCUUUACUGCUAUGCCAAUAAAGAGGUCAGGACAGAGCUGAGCAGGAAGUUACGCAGCUGGAGGGUAGAGACUGAGAUGGUGUGUUGUGGACAGUGACUAGCCGUUUUUGACUCUCGAGUAGAAACUUUCUCUAUUGCCACCGUGCCAGACCGCAACAGAUCCCGCGCUACACCAGUGAGGGCGAUGCCUGAUGGUUCACCCACUCCUGAGAGUUCAUCUAUUUUUAGACGGCAAGUUCAGCCAGUGUCCCCACAGCCUGAUCCUUUUUUGCUGCACUGUCCAUCAGUAGUAAAUAGAGAUAACAGCCUGCAGCAUGGGGGCCAGGAAGACACUGGACAAUCACCUGUUGCAAUGCAGGUGCCCUUCAUCAUUCACCUUCAAGACCCUGUGGAGUUACUCCCACAUGUUGUUGAUAUAGAUUCAGAUUAAAUACAUUUUUGCAUUUACUGAACAUUUUGAGAUUUUAUGUACUGUGCUGUGAAUAUGCAAAAUUGUGAAUAAGUAAUGAUUAUUUAAAUUGUGUCCUGUACAUCUGUCAAUAUGUAAAUAAGUGAUUGUCAUUUAGGACUUAUUUAAUACAUAUUGAGUUAAAAAUAAAAAG